CUUGCCAAUUGAAUUACAAUCUUCUACCUGUGCAAAUUGCAGUUUUAUGGUUCAGAAUACUUUGAUUUAAUGAUUGUGACUCAGAAAAGCUCAGUUGUUCCAACAUUUUCAUGAACUUUUUAAUCUUCUUCUCCCAGGUUUACCUCCUGCCGUACAGAUUAGCCGCCCGCUACCCAAAGACCCGGAUCGGCCGUUUGGCCACAUACACGGACCACAGCAAGAAGCUGGACCUCUGUGACGAUUACAUCGUCCAGAGCAACGAGUUCUUCUUCGACCGAGACCCAAAAGUUUUCCACAACAUCUUCAACUUCUACAGAACCGGAGUGCUGUGCAUUAAGGAGGAUUUGUGUCCGCAUCACUUCCUGGAGGAGAUCCACUACUGGGGCGUGAGGAUCAAAUACACGCAUCGCUGCUGCCGCAUCUCGUUUGAGGAGCGGCAGGACGAGCUGAACGAGCAGCUGAAGGUCCAGAAGGAGCUGCUGGCCGAGCUGGAGCUGGAGGAAAGCGACGCCAUGUUUGAUCACAUGACCUUCGGCCCGACCCGGAGGAAGAUCUGGAAUCUGACAGAGAAACCGUUUUCCUCCAUCACUGCUAAGCUGAUGGGCGUGGCCUCCUCCUUCUUCGUGCUGGUCUCCCUGGUCGCCAUGACGCUCAACACCGUGGAUGAGAUGCAGUACAAGACGCCGUCGGGCCAGCCCAGCGGACGGUUCUACGGCGAGGGCAUCGAGACGCUCUGCAUCACCUUCUUCACCCUGGAGUACCUGCUGCGGCUGGUCUCCACGCCGGACCUGAAGUGCUUCAUGCGCAGCGUCCUGAACACGGUGGACCUGGUCGCCAUCCUGCCGCACUACCUGCAGAUGCUGCUGGAGUGCUUUGAGGACGAGGACGUCCACCGCCACGCAGGGGACAUCGAGACUGUCGCACGUGUCGGCAAGGUGGGUCAGGUUCUGAGGAUCAUGCGUCUGAUGAGAAUCUUCAGGAUCCUGAAGCUGGCCCGUCACUCCACUGGGUUAAGAGCGUUUGGGUUUACUCUGAGGCAGUGCUACCAGCAGGUGGGCUGUCUGCUGCUCUUCAUCGCCAUGGGCAUCUUCAUGUUCUCAGCCAUGGUGUACAGCGCGGAGCACGACGUCUACAACACCAACUUCACCUCCAUGCCUCACGCCUGGUGGUGGGCCGCGGUGAGCAUCUCCACGGUGGGAUACGGCGACAUGCUCCCGGAAACCAACCUGGGCCGCGUCUUCGCCUUCGCCUGCAUCUCGUUCGGCGUCAUCCUGAACGGCAUGCCCAUCUCCAUCCUCUACAACAAGUUCUCCGACUACUACACCAAGCUCAAGUCCCACGAGUUCGCCAUGGUCAGCAGGGCGCGGGGGAAGAUCCGCUUCAUCAAGAGGGCCGCCAAGCGCUUCGCCGACUGCUGCGACGACGUCGCUCAGCCGAAGCAACCAGGAGGGCGACGGUUCGUGGUCGCCAACGACGACGGAGUGGAGGGCGGGUACUAAACUUCAAAAACCGAACCUCCAUC